AUAGAAUUUUGUAAACAAUAAUAAAAGUUAAUGUUGAGAAAUAAUUUCAAUAUGAAGAUAAAAUUAAUUCUCUACAGUAUAUUACUGAUUGUUACUGUAACAAGUGCAAAUAAUUCUAAUGAAAAUAAAAAGAAAUCAUGGCGUGAUAAAGAUAUAAGAGAUAUGAAUGAUGCAGAUAUGGAACAUUUAUUGGACCAAUGGGAGGAAAAUGAAGAACCUUUGCCACCUGAUGAACUUCCCGAAUAUCUUAGACCAAGUCCAAAAAUAGAUUUAUCAAAGAUAGAUGUUUCUAAUCCUGAUAAUGUUAUCAAAAUGACAAAAAAGGGUAAAGGUGUUAUGAUGUUUGUGGAUGUAAGGGAAGAUCUUUCAGAAGAAGAAGCUGGUAUUAUAAUGCGUAUUUGGCAGACUAGUUUACAAAACAAUCAUAUCAUAGCGGAAAGAUAUUCGAUUGAACCUAAACGAUCAGUCUUUUUAUUCCGCGAAGGAUCUCAAGCUGUCGAUGCUAAAAAUUAUUUACUAGAACAACCAGAGUUAUCUCAUGUUACCCUUGAAGGACAAACGUAUUAUAGAGAUAAGAGUAAAAAUCAAGGAAACAAAAAAACAAAUCAUAAAGUAAAAAAGUCAGAACUAUAAAAUAUUAACAAAAUCAUUUCAAAUGAAUCUAGUAAAAGAUUAUGUCUCAUUGACGUAUCCUAUAAAAUGUCAUAUGAAAAAUGAAUAAAUAGUAUAUAUCAAUGACUAAGGAUAAGCUUAUUGUAAUAAGAUGAGAAUCUAAAGAUGAUUGUCCUUGUGCAAUGCGUACACUUGUAUUACAAUGUUUCGUUCAGUUGGGAAUGUCAUAGUGGAAAGGAAAAUACUUUAAGAAAUCAACAAUUUAUGGAAUGUAAAAUCAAUCAUUUUAUUAGAUCAUAUUCAACAUAAUAUGGAAACCAUGAAAAUAAAUAUAUUGGAAGAAAGUGGAAGAACAUA